AACAGCAGAACGACCUAUUUGCUACCGACCACACCAAAUUUCAUCACAUUUGUCUGAAAACGUGAAUCUGUACUAUUUGAAAGGCUGCUAACCCCAUGUGUAACAUUAUACCAAUUUAUAUGCCAUAAUCGGUCUGUUUUUACCGUAGACAUGGAGUUUCAGCCCAUUAUUAUGGCUGCCGGCCCGGGCAGUCGCUUGGCAGAACUGACAUCAAAAUGUCCGAAAGCAGCUUUGCUGAUUGGAAAUCGUCCAAUGGUCUGGUACCCGAUAAAUAUGCUGGAAAAGGCAGGGUUUGAAGAGGCAAUUAUUAUCGUGGACAUGGAUGGCCAGGCAGAGAUACAGAGGGUGCUCACCGAGUCAUGUUCAGUGAAGCUUCACCUGGAAUAUGUUACCGUUUCAAACACUGACGAUGGAACAGCUGAUGUUCUUCGAGAAAUUAAAAGCAAAAUCAAGACAGAUUUGCUGAUCAUCCCAUGUGACCUAAUCACAGACAUUUCCCUCCACAACAUAGCCAAUCUCCACCGUACCCAUGAUGCCUCACUGACCAUGCUUCUCUCGUCCCUUCCCUCCCAGUUCUAUGAGUCUGUUGCCCCAGGGGCUCGCUCAAAGAAACCAUUAGAGAAGGACUUUUUCGGGUUUGAUGAGAAAAGGGAGAGAAUUCUAUUUACACAAUCAGAAGCUGAUGUUGCUGAGAAUAUCAGUGUUAAAAAAUCUAUCUUUAAAAAACAUCCAUACAUGUGUGUCAAGUCUGGACUCACAGACUGCCAUCUCUACCUGAUGAAAAAGUGGGUUGUGGAUUACCUAGUUGAAAAUGAGUCUUUAGCAUACAUAAGAACAGAAUUAGUUCCACACCUGGUCAGAAAACAAUUCAGCAAGACCAAGGUCAAGGACAGGCUCCCUCAAACAAACCAGUCUGUGAUAUCAGAGAAUCAGAAAAUGGACAUACUCAAGUUUUCUACUGAAGAUGAGUAUGCUGCGGAUAUUCGUGACAUGUCAUCAUGGAAUGAUCAUCAUGGAGACAUGGCAGACUGUUACCAUGGUGACAAAAUUCGUUGUUAUGGUUAUAUUCAAGAGGGAGGUUUGUGUUUAAGAACAAACACAGUCUCAUCCUACAGUGAAGCUAAUCGACAGAUACAGAAGAUAUUCACCCACACAGGGAUUGAGACCCCUCACCUUCACCCCUCCGUUGUCCUACAGAAAAAAUCACAGGUUGGUGCAGAUUGUGUUGUUGCUGAAGGAACGGAGAUUGGAGAAAAAGUGUCCAUAAAACGUUCAGUGAUUGGACGAAAUUGUAAAAUUGGAGACCACGUACAAAUUGUUAACUCCACCUUGCUGGAUAAUGUCAUUGUUGAGGAUGGGUGUGAUAUAAAGGGAAGCAUCAUCAGCAGGAAGAGUGUCAUCCACCAAAAAUGUGAAAUCACCAACUGUCUGGUGGGGCCUGGUCAACAACUCAACACAAUGGGUAAAUACAAGGAUGAAAUGAUUGUUUAUACAGUGGACAUUUGAGGAAAAUACACGUUCAUUGUAAAACAGGAUAAAUUUUUAAGCAUACAAAUAAAAUUGUAUUGAUUUAC